AUGCCCGUCGUCGGCGGUGGGCCGACUUGGGCACUCGCUGUAGACCCGCUCAAGUGCCGACCUUGGUCUCCGGGUUCUAGAACCGCAGAUGCCGCCUCCGUCGUGGACCCCACGCUGGACGAUUGGCCGCCCCGGCCUCCCUCCUUCGCGUCGCCCGCCAGCGGCCGCUGCCGCGAAGGCGACGGCGACGAUGAGGACGUCGGCGUAGGAACGAAAGUCCGGGGGUGCUUCCCUUUGUCCCCCGGCGCUGUCGCUGCCCCACUGCCGGCGGCGCCUCCUCCACCGGCCUGGCGACUGCUGCUUGUGGCCGCCACACGACCGGCCUGUGGCCUGCCGCCCGCAGGGCCCACGGUGCUGGUCUGCGGCCUGCUGCCCGCGGCGCGAGCGCCACUGUCCUGCGGCCUGCUACCCGUGGCCCUCGCACCACCGGUCUGCGCCGAGCCGCCCGCGGCCCCCUUGCCGCUCGUCUGCGUCCUGCUGCUGGCGGUGCUCCCACCGGAGGCACUCGGAGCGCGGUGCCAGAUUUGGCAAAUUGAUUUUGUGAUGUUGAAAGGAACUACAAAUCAAAUUGUGAGAGCUGACACAGUCUCUGGUUAUCCACUCGAUCCUCCGUACGAGCAAUGA